CCCCGCUCACUCGUCCAACACUGACACAUAUGCGUGCGUGCGCGCGCUCACACCCAUAGCCAUCAUGGUGCCUUGCGCUGCCAGCAGCAGCAGCAGCAGCAGCAGCAGUAGCAUCGCUAGCGGAUCAUCCAGCUACCACUCUCUCAUGGCAGCCGCAGCCACAUGCGCAUCCGCAUCCGCAUCCGCAUCCGCAUCCACAAUCACCACUCUGGCGGAUCUCGGCAUCACAUCAUCCGAAGCGCUGAUCAAGCUGCUCAAAUCCGAUCCCAGUCAGAGCAGCAGCAGCAGCAGCAGCAGCUUGGCCAUCAAAGUGCAGGCUGCUCGCAUCGCGUGGGAGUGUGAGGAUGAGGAUGGAGGGAUGUUUGCGAGGAGAGCAGAGACGCUGCUGGAUUGGGCAUUGACGACGCUAUGCAAGCCUGUGCGGAGGGGAAGGGUGACCAAUGCGGGGAGCGGCAGCGGCGGCAGCGGCGGCAGCAGCAAGGCAAAGGCGAAGGCGAAGGCGACGGCGACGGCGAUCAGCGUCGUGGGUGAUGGCGACGAGGAUGAGGAUGCGCUGACACAGCUCUGGUUGCUGUUGCAGCGCAUCCUGCCCACGCUCAACACCCGCACAGCCACAUCCAUCCUCGCUCCGCACCCUCUGCUGGGACUGAUGCGCACCACGCUGGACCAGCUGCACUCGCACUCACACUCCAGUCCCAGCAACAGCAACAGCAGCAGCAACAGCAGCAGCAGCCAACGCAUCGAUGCUGUGCUGUCUGGCCUCGCCGCAGUCAUGCAGCGAGCGCACGUCCGAGCGCACGCCCACGCCCACGCCCACGCGCACACCGACAUCGAUGCUCUGGCGGAUGCCGUCAUCGCAUUGCUGCGCUUUGCCAGGCAGCACCUCAGCCAGUCACAGUCCGUCGCUCCCGACAGGACCUCCAGCCAAUUAGCCGCAGCAGCCUGCCACGCCCACGCCCACGCCCACGCUCACCUGUCUUCCCUGCUAGCAUCGCUGCACCGGGCUAGCAGGUCUGCGUGCGAUGCGAUUGUAGGCACUACCAUUGCCAAAAAGCUGUCCGCCCACUUUGUGGAGCACGCGGUGGGGCACUACGCUGCAGUCGCGCGCUUGGUGGACCAGCUGUCUGCCACACCCACCAAGCACGGCUUGCAAGCCGCGCUCUCCCAACUCGCGCUGGACAAUCUCUUCAGCUUGCAUCAGCUUGCGCAAGUCUCUUCAGGCAAAGCGCAAGCGCACACGCUUGAAGCGCUCUUUGCUGCUCUCGACGCCGACGCCGACGCGGACGCGGACGCGGCAGAGCGAGAGGAUGCGCUGCACAUCUUGCCGCAGCUGCUCUACCAGCUCCACCAGCAGCUCUCGCGCCAUCGCGCUGCCCUCUUCCCCCUCACCGACACCAUUCCCAGCUCAUCCAUCAACACCACCAUCGCCACCGCUUCCAGCCUCGAAUCGCAACGCAAGCAGCAGCAGCAGCAGCGCGCCAUCGAGCUGGAGGCCUUUUUGAUUCCUGCACAAGCGCUCAUCAACCGCACGCCAGACGCAUCCCUGCGAGCAAAGGCGUGCGCGCGGCUGUUGCAACAGGUGCAGCAUCUGCGCAUAUACGCGCGAGGAGCGAUGCAGUGCAAGGCUCACUUUGGCGCAGUGGCCAGCGCACUGGUCGACGAUCUGUCUGCGCUGAUGCAUGGCGGCGCAGCGCACACCAUCGAUGCGCUGAGCAUCAUGUACGCGCUCGACGACCACAUCGUCUCACCGCUCCUCUCGCGCGCUCUUCCCUGUGUGGCGAGAGCAGCGCAAGCACCAGCAGCACAGCAUCAUCCUCCACAUCGACCUUCCAGAGCCUCUACGUCACCAAACGGAUGCACAGCUUUGCCUCGUGCUGGAGGACAUCGUCGGCAAAGCAGAGGAAUGCGGCAUCGAGGCGCUGGCAGAGAGUUUGCAUCUGCAUCGCGCUGUGGACCUGCGAUUGCGCAGCGGGAGAGACUUGUCGGGAGUCGCGAAUGCCGAGGACGGCGACGGCGACGGCGACCGUACUGCGCAAGUAUCGCGCAACAUAACACGCCAUAGACGCACCUUUGAAAGCGCUGGCGCACGCAUCUGCAAGAUCAUCGCGACGGGCACGGCCACAACGGCGCUGCUCUUGUCGUUCGUCAAGCUGGCGCUGCACUUUGCCACCAUACACGAUACGGACGCGCCCCCGCCCGACCACCUC